CGCGCGCGCGAGGGGGCCUCCAGAGCCCGGCAGACCCCCGGGAAGGAGGAGUUAUGUAGAUUACGGAUGAACAUUCUGGAGGGGGAGCCCUGAGAGGAGGGAAGGAGCAGCAGAGGCAGCGAGCUGGGAGCGGUGGAGGCCCUUCCCGCAGAAGCUGGGGGCAGCGGCGGCGUAGAGGGUGGAGGAGGCGGAGGACGCACGGGUUGGAGGCGGCGGCGGCUGCGACUCGGUGGCGCUGGGAGUCCGAACCGCCGAUGAACUUGGGCGCCACGUUCCCAGCGACCGCCCUGAGGAUGGUGAACAUUCGCUGCCACUGACCCUGCCUCACCGCAGCUCCUCCCGGCUGCCGAGCACGGAGCCGCCUCCUCCCCUGACUGGCGGUGGGUGAACCUGCAAGCUCCCUACCCACACCGAGGACUUUUUUUUUAUUUUUUUAUUUUUUUUAUUUUUUUAUUUUUUUAUUUUUUGAAAGGAAACGAGGGCGGGGGGUGGAUUGGAAAAGAGGGAGAAAACGCAGGGGAACUGGUCCAUUCGUUGAGGCACAGUUCACUAUGAUCUUACUCGCAUUCAGUACUGGAAGACGGUUGGAUUUCGUGCAUCGUUCGGGGGUGUUUUUCUUGCAAACCUUGCUUUGGAUUUUAUGUGCUACGGUCUGCGGAACGGAGCAGUAUUUCAAUGUGGAGGUUUGGUUACAAAAAUACGGCUACCUUCCACCAACUGACCCCAGAAUGUCGGUGCUUCGCUCUGCAGAGACCAUGCAGUCGGCGCUAGCUGCCAUGCAACAGUUCUAUGGCAUUAACAUGACAGGAAAGGUGGACAGAAACACAAUCGAUUGGAUGAAGAAGCCCCGGUGUGGUGUACCAGACCAGACAAGGGGCAGCUCCAAAUUCAACAUUCGUCGAAAGCGCUAUGCACUAACAGGACAAAAGUGGCAACAUAAGCACAUCACCUACAGUAUAAAGAACGUAACUCCAAAAGUAGGAGACCCUGAAACCCGUAGAGCUAUUCGCCGUGCCUUUGAUGUGUGGCAGAAUGUAACUCCUCUGACGUUUGAAGAAGUUCCCUACAGUGAACUAGAAAAUGGCAAACGUGAUGUGGAUAUAACCAUCAUUUUUGCAUCUGGUUUCCAUGGAGACAGUUCCCCUUUUGAUGGGGAGGGAGGAUUUUUGGCACAUGCCUAUUUCCCUGGACCUGGAAUUGGAGGAGAUACUCACUUUGAUUCAGAUGAGCCAUGGACACUAGGAAAUCCCAAUCAUGAUGGAAAUGAUUUGUUUCUUGUAGCAGUUCAUGAAUUGGGACAUGCUCUCGGACUGGAGCAUUCCAAUGACCCCACCGCCAUCAUGGCUCCAUUUUACCAGUACAUGGAAACGGACAACUUCAAACUUCCUAAUGAUGACCUGCAGGGCAUCCAGAAGAUAUAUGGUCCACCUGACAAGAUCCCUCCACCUACAAGACCUCUACCGACAGUGCCCCCUCACCGCUCUGUUCCUCCGGCUGACCCCAGGAGAAAUGACAGGCCGAAACCUCCUCGGCCUCCCACCGGCAGACCUUCCUAUCCAGGAGCCAAACCCAACAUCUGUGAUGGGAACUUUAACACUCUAGCUAUUCUUCGACGCGAGAUGUUUGUUUUCAAGGACCAGUGGUUUUGGCGAGUCAGAAACAACAGGGUGAUGGAUGGCUACCCCAUGCAAAUUACCUACUUCUGGCGCGGCUUGCCUCCCAGUAUCGAUGCAGUUUAUGAAAACAGUGAUGGAAAUUUUGUCUUCUUUAAAGGUAACAAAUAUUGGGUGUUCAAGGACACAACUCUUCAACCUGGUUACCCUCAUGACUUGAUUACUCUUGGAAAUGGAAUCCCCCCUCAUGGUAUUGACUCAGCCAUUUGGUGGGAAGAUGUUGGCAAAACCUAUUUCUUCAAAGGUGACAGGUAUUGGAGAUAUAGUGAAGAAAUGAAAACCAUGGACCCCGGCUACCCCAAGCCCAUCACUGUCUGGAAAGGGAUCCCUGAAUCACCUCAGGGAGCCUUUGUACACAAGGAAAAUGGCUUUACCUAUUUCUACAAAGGAAAGGAAUAUUGGAAAUUCAACAAUCAGAUACUCAAGGUAGAACCUGGGUAUCCAAGAUCCAUUCUCAAGGAUUUUAUGGGCUGUGAUGGACCAACAGAUCGAGAUAAAGAAGGACACAGCCCACCAGAUGAUGUAGACAUUGUCAUCAAACUGGACAACACAGCCAGCACUGUGAAAGCCAUAGCUAUUGUCAUUCCCUGCAUCUUGGCCUUAUGCCUCCUUGUAUUGGUUUACACUGUGUUCCAGUUCAAAAGGAAAGGAACACCCCGUCACAUACUGUACUGUAAACGCUCUAUGCAAGAGUGGGUGUGAUGUAGGGAUUUUCUUUUCUUUCUUUCUUUUCCAGGAGUUUGUGGUAACUUGAGAAUCAAGACAAGAGCUGUUAUGCUGUUUCCUAGCUAGGAGCAGGCUUGUGGCAGCCUGAUUCAGGGCUGACCUUCCAAACCCAGAGGGUUGCUGGUCCUGCAUAUGAGUGGAAAUACACUCAUGGGGAAGCUUCCAUGAUGCACAGUAUCUGCCGUUAUUCAGUCUUUUGUCUUUCUUUGUCAUUCAGUCCUAGGCCUUUCCUCUGCACGCUCAAUGCCCAGUAAAAUUUCAGGAUCAAUUCAAGAAGAGGAAAUAAAGAAGAAAUUUUUCUUAUUAAUUUUUUAAAGUAUUUUUUCCUUCUGAAAUCUGAGCCCAUUUCUGGGAGAGAGAGAGAGAGAGAGAAAAAAAAAAAGAGCAAAACAGAAAACCCUUAGGUUUUGAUAUAAAGCAAAGGAAGAAAGAGUUUAAAAAUAAAAACAACAACAAAAUCCACAUUUGAACUUUCAGGAAAGUAUGAAGACCCAAAACAGCUUUGUCUCCAAAGAAGAUAGCUCUGUGACUGCUACGGAAAGUCUCCUGCACAUCCUUUUGUCAGGUGGGAGAUCUGGAAUAUACAUGCAGGAUUCUAGACUGUUGGGACAGCCAUUUUCCAACAAACAAGGGGCCAAAAUAUCUGCAAUAUAGUAACAGCCUUAAUAAUACAUCCAUUUUUCGUUUUCUACAGCUGUUCUUAGCUACGUACUCAACGUUUCAUCACAAUCAUAGUCAUAGCUAUAUUCAAACAGGACUUUUUUAUUGUUUUGAAGUGUUUCUGAACCCCCUCUUGCGACCUGAACCGGCAUCAUUGUGGUAUCUCCCCAGGUUGUAUUAGGCCAUUGUCCCAGGCCUUUCAUUGGUCUGUCAGGAAUACUCAGUGCAAAGCAAAGCAAGUAGUGUGUCUCUGAAAUAGAUGAAAGCGAUGGUUAUUUUAUAAAGAUAUGUGACUCUGUUACUACAUUGGUGUAACCCUUUGAGAACUAUCAGACCAGCUUGCAGAGUCAGAAUGAUCAGUCUUGCAACCUGGUCAUUUGUAGAACUGACCAAUGGUGAAAACUGUCACAGGUUUGAGAAGUUCAGGUUUGUAAAGCCUAUCCUAUAACCCCAUGUAAGUCCUAAAUGAUUGACAGUACUGCAUAAAUACUUUUAUAACAAAGAGCAAUGAUGUGUCUUGCCAAAAGUUUUCUGGCAAAUAAAAAAGAUAUUUUGUUAACAGUAUCUUGCAAGAGUGAAAUUUUAUUUGAAUAAGUGGUUUGAACAACCUAAGCUUUUUCUUCCUUAGACAUACUAAGUUUUUUUAAUUUAAAACCCAUUGCAUGACAAUUCAAUUUGCCAUAGAUUAUGCAGAUAGUAUUGCUAUGUUAAAACUGAAUUAAAAUGAUGACUCUGAGUUUGCAUGAAUAUCUUCCGAUGCAUUACCUAUUGCAUGUCAACCAUAGUUCUCAAAGGGUUAGUGUGGCUUCUGGCAUUUAGCCAUCCAUUAGAUCACUGACAGAGCCAAGAGACCACCAAAGCAUUUCAUUGUUGAGUGUAAUUUGUCCUAAUAGCAGUAUUGUCAUUUUUAUGUGACCUGCAGAGCAGGUUUGUAUCAAUAUUUUUUCCUAGAGAAAAGUCAGCAACUGACAGACCUCUUUAUUGAUUUUUAGGAGCUGCUUCUUGCAGUGAAAGGCUUACAGCCACUGGGCUGUGAACUUAUUAGAAAUGGUCAGGAAGAAUGCACCCCAUGAGUCAGACAAUUGGCUUUGUGUGAAAGCCAGCUUUUGAGGGGAUUAGCUUUUGAAACAAUGAACAGCUUGCCUUGAACUUGAUAUUGAUCUGUUAACUGUCAUUAACAACUUAAACAUUGUCUUCUGCAAAAAUUUUCCAUGAAGAGUCCUGUUCUAUGUCUUUGCUCUUUGACCUUUAACUUGCAAACUGGCACAAACUGAAGGAAAUCAUAUAUCACUUCUCCAUUGGAUUGUUGUUCUCUAAGACCUAGUAAGCAAGAGCUAUUUCCUUAGAGUGGAGAGAGAAAGUCUGGGUAGUGGAUCUGCAGGUGGGCGCUUUGCUUUCUACAUGCACACUCUGAAAAUGCCCUAUAGGUAGAGGUGAAUUUUUUAGUUUCUCCUUUAAUAUAAUUUCAAACCUAAUUUCAUCAUUUUAGUAUAAAUUACAAAAACUAUAG